AUGGUUGACGGCGGAAGAACUGCAGUCUCGACUGCCGAACGACAUCUAGUACACAGCCAUGCUCACGAAGGAUCUAUUCCGGGGACUGUGAAUGUCCAAGUAGUCGAGGGUGAUGAUACGGCAUUGGGUCAAGCGUUGUUCCCAGUACCUCCGCAAGAUCCCAACCACUGUCUUAAUUGGCCUGCAUGGAAAAAGCAAAUCAUUCUCUUCAUUUGCUGCGCAUACUCGUUCCUUGGGAAUGCCUUCCUGGUGGGACCAUCGCCAUACAUCACCCUGUACUCGGAGCUAUUUGACGUAACUCCAGCUCAGGCGUCGGGAUUGAUCUCUUAUCCAAAUCUUGCAUUCGGUUUUGGAUCCCUCAUUCUUGUGCCGUUGUAUCUCAAGUUUGGUCGAAGACCGGUCAUGCUAGGAUCGAUGCUGUUUUUCGUUGUUGGGAUCAUUGGCGCUUCGCAAGCAAAUGAUUUCACGGGCCUCAUGGUCGCCAGAGUCUUUGCAUCCUUUGGCUCGGGUAUUUGCGAGGCAAUUCCUGUCCAGCUGGUUAACGAUAUUUUCUUUCUGCACGAACGAGGCAGGCAAAUUGCUUUAUACUCAUUCGCCAUCUGCCUCGGCGCUGUAGCCCCCGUCGCGAGUUCCCAUCUCCUCAUUGAGCCCUACUCUUGGAGGCUCUUCUUUUACGUCAUCCUCGCUUUUGCGUCUGCACUGCUGGUAUUGGCAUUCCUCUUUGUCGAAGAGACUUCCUAUGACCGCUCAGCGCACCAGGCGACAGUGCCAGCACCAAGUGGCGCGUAUCACUCUGAAAGUGGAGAGAAAGCUUCGCAAGAUAAUCUGGAGCACACAUUAGAGCCAAUUCCGAUGCGGACUCCAUUCAUGCAAACUCUUAGCUUGAAGGGGAGAUAUGAUCCAGAAGUACGGUUUUUCAUGACCAUGGUGACAUCUUUCACCUACUUCCUUGUGCCACAGGUGCUUUGGGUCAUCACUUCUUUCGGAAUUUAUAUCGGCCUAGGCGCAUUUGUUUUCAAUUAUACCGCGCCAAUCAAGCUGACAGGACCUCCGUACAACUGGUCAGAGGAAAGCUCCGGUCUUAUUGCACUGGCAACGUUGAUUGGCUUUGUAUUAGCAGUACCAUUUGCGCCGUCUUCUGACCUCCUAGCUGCGAGACUGACCCGACGUAACAACGGUAUACGCGAAGCCGAAAUGAGACUCCCUGUCAUGUUACCAGCAAUGGUAAUCGCUCCUUUAGGCCUUGUUCUCUAUGGCCUAACGUGCCAAUUCAAUCUGCAUUACAUCGGGUACUUUUUCGGGGCGGCAAUGACCCAAUGGUCCGCAUACUUUUUCUUCUCUUUCGCUCUUGCGUAUGCUGUCGACUCGUACAACACGGAUACAGCACAGAUGCUUAUCGCGAUGAAUAUUGGGAAACAGGCUAUCAGCUUUGGACUCUCGGUGAACGUGCUCGAUUGGGUGUUGGAGACGGGCUACGCGGUCGUCAUCUCGGGUAUCUUUGCAGCUGUUCUGGUCGCGAACAAUCUUGUCUUGGUUGUGUUCUUAAUAUGGGGCAAGAAGAUCCGGCAAAUUAUGGCAGGCUCCUGGCUGGCGAAGCUGCACGGUCGGAAUGUACAAAACGAACGUCAGGUGGUCUAG